AUGGAUAUCCUUCAGCGCCUAGCCCGGUUCCUCGACCGCCCGCUCUUCCCGUGGAAGAGGCUGAUCAUCGGCUUCUCCGUUGCCCAAUACUGUUUCGAAGAGUUCCUAUCGCUCCGCCAGUAUCAGGUCCUGAAGAACACGAAGCCGCCCAAGGUUCUCGAGCAAGAGGUGUCCAGAGAUGUCUACGACAAGAGUCAGGAAUACGGCCGCGCCAAAGCCAAGUUUGGCUUCGUGAAGGGUCUCUGGGGUCAGAUCCAGAACAUCGCAUUCAUCCACUACGAUGUCUUGCCCAAACUGUGGUCAUGGACUGGCAGCCUCGUACUCCGAUUCGCCCCCGCUCGCUUCACUGGCGAGAUUUCCCACUCGAUCGUCUUCGUCCUCACCUUCAUUCUGAUCCAACAAGCCCUGUCACUGCCUACCAACAUCUACCACACAUUCGUUCUGGAAGAGAAGUUUGGGUUCAACAAGCAGACGCCCAAGCUGUUUGUCAUGGAUAUGAUCAAGUCAAACAUGCUCGCUUUCGUCAUGGCGCCCCCGAUCCUCGCCGGUUUCCUCAGCAUUGUCAAGAAGACCGGCAACCAGUUCGUUUCAUACCUCUGGCUCUUCACUGCUGCCCUCCAAGUGUUCAUGAUCACCGUUUACCCCAUCGCCAUCCUGCCCCUAUUCAACAAACUUUCUCCACUUCAGGAAGGCAAGCUGAAGACGGACACCGAGGCACUGGCUAAGAAGCUCGACUUCCCCCUUCAUGAACUCUUCGUCAUCGAUGGAAGCAAGCGCAGUGCUCACAGCAAUGCCUAUUUCUUCGGUCUUCCGUGGAAGAAGCAUAUCGUCAUCUACGACACGCUGAUUGAAAAGAGCAAGGAAGAAGAGGUGGUUGCUGUUCUUGCCCACGAACUUGGUCACUGGAAGCUAGGCCACACCACCCGUCUCUUCGGCAUCUCCCAGCUCCAUGUCUUCUACAUCUUCACGCUCUUCUCGGUCUUCGUCAACAACAAGUCCCUGUACUCGGACUUUGGCUUUGUCAAGGAACACCCGAUCAUCAUCGGCUUUAUCCUGUUCUCGGAUGCGCUGGCGCCAAUGGAUACCAUCAUCAAGCUCCUGAUGAAUAUCAUGAGCCGACGCUUCGAAUUCCAGGCCGACGAGUUUGCACAGGGUCUCGGUUACAAGGCCGAACUUGCAUCCUCGCUUAUAAAGUUGCAGAUCCAGAACCUUAGCACCAUGGAUGCUGACUGGAUGUAUGCAAGCUAUCAUUUCUCUCACCCAAUCCUGUCGGAGAGACUGAAGGCCCUGGAAUGGACCCCUACUGGGAAGGUGACGGAAGAGAAGACUGAGGAGGCUGGCGUCGAGAAGGCCAGUGGACGUGAACUUUAG